AUUAGGUAGUUAGUCAAGGCUGAAACCCACGAAUACCAUCAAAAGUCUUGAGCGAUCGGCUACAUUCUACAUAAACUGGGUGCCUCAAUACAUCAUUCACGAUGGCGUCCUCCUCGACACCUCAAACUCCACUUCUCUAUUCGUGCAUCGCGCAUCAUACUACCAUACUAGCUGAAUGUACGACUUCGGCCUCGUCGCAAACCUCGUCGCUCGCUUCCCUUAUCCUCCCCAAGAUCAACCAUGACACUCCUCAGAAGCUCACGUACACGCAUGGCUCGCACCACAUCCACUACAUAUCGGAAGCGCCCUCGGCGCAUCCGGACAACCGAUCGGCCGGUGGGUUGACGUUCCUCGUGAUCGCGGAGUCGUCGCUGGGCCGUCGCGUGCCUUUCGGCUUCCUAUUCGAGAUCCGCAAGCGCUUCUUCAACGAGUUCUCCGCGGAGACAACCGACUUUGCCGAUAUGCCUAACUAUGGCGCGGGAAGCUUCAAUGCCGAGCUUAAAAACCUGAUGGUCGAGUUCGGCACCACGAGCGGUGGCCGCGACGAUGCCAUCACCAAUGUCCAACGCGAGAUCGACGACGUCCGUGGUAUCAUGACCCGCAACAUCGAAGGUCUACUCGAGAGAGGCGAGCGCAUCGACUUACUUGUUGAUAAGACGGACCGCCUAGGUGGCAGCGCGCGAGAGUUCAGAGUGCGCAGUCGCGGUCUCAAGAGGCAGAUGUGGUGGAAAAACGUCAAGUUAAUGGCGCUGCUCAUAGUAGUGAUCCUCUUGAUCAUUGUCGCGAUUGUGAUUACAGUCAAGAAUGCUACGGGAUGAGCCGGAAGUACAACAGCAUACAUGUAUACGUUCUUUGAAAGUUUAGGGGUAUCCAUGCGCGGGCUAAGGAAGAGAGCCUGAAAAGCCUCAUAAUUUGUUGUGUUUCCAACGGCGUUUUUUCUAGGCUGACAAGUAGAGAGGAUGUAGUCUGUGUUAAUACCAAGGCUCAUGAAUAGGCGGGAAAAAGAACAACCCGCCUUGUUCUUUUUGUUGGCGUCGGUACUCGAGUCGGAGGAAUUGCUUUAGGAUACCAGGU